AUGGAGAGUAAGUUGAAGAAAGAUGAAGGAAAUCUCACUACACUGGUAGAAUUCAUCCUGUUUGGGUUUUCUGGUGUUCCUGACCUUCAAGGAUUUCUUUUUGGGGUGUUUUUGAUCAUUUAUAUGAUAAUCCUGAUUGGGAACAGCCUCAUUAUCAUACUAACUAAGGUUGAUACUUCCCUUCAGACCCCCAUGUACUUUUUCCUUGGAAAUUUUUCCUUCCUGGAAAUAUGUUAUGUGUCAGUGACUGUUCCCAAAUUGUUAGCAGAUCUUUGUAGACAGAAUAGAAAAAUUUCCUUCCUUGCUUGUGCUAUUCAAAUGUAUUUCUUUCUGGUCUUUGGGGCCACUGAGUGCUUCCUUCUGACAGCAAUGGCUUAUGACAGGUAUGUGGCCAUUUGUAACCCAUUACUCUAUCCCCUCAUCAUGAAUACCCGACUGUGUAUUCAACUGGCAGCUGGCUGUUGGAUCAUUGGCGUUCCAGUCCACAUCGGGUUCACCUACCUGAUCUUCUCUCUACCCUUCUGUGGACCUAACCAGCUGGAUCACUUUUUCUGUGACAUACCUCCAAUACUGAAACUGGCUUGUGGGAACACUUCGAUGAUUGAGACGUUGAUUUAUGUGAUUGCAGUACUGGUUGUCACUGUUCCUUUCAUGUUGAUACUUGGAUCUUAUGUCAAAAUAAUUUCAACUAUCCAGAAGCUACCAUCAGCAACAGGGCGGGCCAAGGCCUUCUCCACCUGUUCUUCCCACCUCGUGGUGGUAGCUUUAUUCUUUGGAUCAGGAAUCAUUACAUACAUGAGACCAAAGGCCACUCAUUCACUGGGCAUGGAGAAAUUCCUUUCUCUUUUUUAUACCAUUGUGACACCAAUGUUUAACCCCGUGAUUUAUUGCCUGAGGAACAAAGAUGUCACGGUGGCACUGAGCAAACUUCUAUCAAAAUGGAUUGUGUGA